AUGCAUUCGGAUCUCCAUGUAGUCGUCCGCUUCCAUGACCAGUCAGUGUUUGCGGGCGAAGAGCUCCGAUGCACCAUCACCUUCAAGAAUGUCGCAACCUUGUCUGAACCCGUCACUCCAGCCUCCCAGACGCGACGAACAAGUCGGCGAGAGAGCAUCAACCAGAUCGCAGCUCAGGUGAACCGGACGAAUGCCUCCCCAAGAUUGGGUCAGAAUGGACGCGCUCGCAACAAUAACGACCAUCUGCCUGAACCCCCUGACCGCCACCGAGCUACGGCCUCAUACAGCCCAGGCUCACCAAACGAGCAUCAAACACGUCCGCAGAGGCCAACUCAUCAACAGCAGCGGUCGGUCUCCAUAAUCUCUGUCACCUCUCCCAUAGCCGCCGGUGACCUGUCGGAGAAUGGAGGCAGCUGGGCCAGACAACAGAGACUGAGUCAUCAACGAUCAUCCACAGUCGCCACACAGCAAGCUGCGCCGCUCUGGAAUGGCCAGAAUCGUCGAAACUCCCCCUCCGGCUCGCCGAAUCCUCCAGAAGGACGACAUAGGAGUCCAAUAUUUCGGGAUCCCACCCACCAGAACCCUGAACCUACCCCAGACUUCAAGUUUCCUCCCGACAAAGAUGAAGAUCGACCUUCUGCUUCAACCACAGACGAUGCCCUCAACGCUGGCUCUACUCAAACCGGGCCCACGGCUCGCAUUAUCUCAGGGACUGCAAACCAAGUUGCCAGCGAACGCAGUAGUGGCGAUUUCUAUUCUCUCAGCAACCAUUCACAGGAGACCGUCAUGUCUGAGCUACCAUCCGUCUUGUCAGAUCUUAGACCACUUUUCGACCACUCCAACCCCCUGCCUCGGAGGGUGCCAGGGAGACCUCAACGAAGGCCUCAAGCGGUCAAUCUUCUCAUGGGAUAUGCUCAACUGAGUGCGACCUUCACUCUAGACGCCUCCUUGAUCGAUCAGGCUCAUUUCGAAGAAGUCAAGAGCAAAGGCUUUCUUGGUGGACAGGCUGGCGGUGGUGUCGUCGGCGUCAAGAAGCCUCGUCCGACCAGUGGGUUCCUAGGGAAUUUUAGUCUGAAUAACAUUGGGGACUCACUCAACAGUCUGAUCAGCGGAGACAACAUGAGCAGUGUCAAGGAGAUGAACGCUGUAAAGAACUCCCGUGCGAUCCCGUUGCUUUCGACUCCACAAUCGCUUCUCUUCGUCGACAUGCACCUCGAACCGGGUGAAGAGCGAAGCUAUUCCUACGUCUACCCACUACCCCGGGGGCUACCUUCCAGUCAUCGAGGAAAAGCCAUCAAGAUAUCAUACAAUCUGACUGUCGGCGUCCAGGGUCUACCAGGAGGCCGUGAUGUACAUGCAGUCCGACAAGUCAAUGUUCCUAUCCGCGUCUUCUCCGGUGUCAACUAUGACGGCGAGAUCUUUGGCCAUGACUUGAUGCAACCCCAUGUCGUCCUUCAAGACCUGGCUCUCACUCAAUGCAUAUCAUCACCAGAGAGCCAGGAAGAGGCGGAAACACCGACCCUGAAAUCCGAUGAGAGGUCUACAGUAGAGUUCCUCCAGUUUGUGGAUACUCUGCUCGAUCGUAGCCGGAGACGUCAAUCGAGUAGCGGUACGAUGGAGGCUUUCUUGAGCAACCAGAAUUCAGGAGAUGAUCGCACUGCAAUCCAAGCCAUCAACCACGCCAUCCUUUUCAGCAACCAGCUCGCCGGUGGUGAGUCCAGUCCCAAUCGAUUCGAAAUUACCCGGAAUGGCCAGAAGGUGGCAGUCAUUGUCAUCGACCGCCCUCUUCACAGGCUUGGAGAAACGGUGACCGCUGUGGUCGACUUCUCGGAAGGACAGGUCCCUUGUGCAUCUCUCAGGUCGACGCUCGAAACCACCGAGAAAGUAAGUCAAGCACUGGCAGUUCGAUCUGCCACGACCAUCAAUCGAGUCACUCGGAAGGUCUACUGGGGACGGUCGGAUACCAUUUUGUUCUCGAAGCGAGCCAUAUUCGCACCUAGUAUACCAGCUGGGGCAACUCCGACAUUCAUGACCUCCGGUGUCAACCUCGAAUGGAGCCUUCGUUUCGAGUUUGGCACCAUCAAGCCUGUGGAGUUUGAGGACGGAGAAGAACAGGCCAUGGCGGAUCUGCUGGAAGAGGUGGUCAAAGAUGAAAGGGGUGCCAUCAAUGUGGCGGUGGAAAAUCUUGACUGUGAGACUUUUGAAGUUGUCAUUCCACUCACCGUCUAUGGUGAUUUGGUGCCGGACGGUAAGGAGGGAGAGGAAAUCGUAGCCAUUCCGAUAUGA